CGGCGAAGAUUUGGGCCACCGCCACCUGCGGGGAGCGGCGGCAGGAUGGCGGGCGGCCCCGGCCAGAGCUCUAUUGCAAGUUGGUGGGCGGCCCCACGGCCCCGGGCAGCGGCCACGCCAUCCAGGGCCAGUUCUGUGACUACUGCAACUCUGAGGAUCCCCAGAAGGCACACCCAGUUACCAAUGCAAUCGAUGGAUCUGAACGUUGGUGGCAAAGCCCUCCUCUUUCCUCAGGCACACAGUAUAACAGAGUCAACCUCACCUUGGAUCUGGGCCAGCUCUUCCAUGUGGCCUAUAUUUUAAUCAAAUUUGCAAAUUCUCCUCGCCCUGACCUUUGGAUCUUGGAAAGAUCUGUAGAUUUUGGAAGCACCUACACACCAUGGCAAUAUUUUGCACACUCUAAAGUAGACUGUUUGGAACAAUUUGGGCAGGAGGCAAAUACAGCUAUCACCCAGGAUGAUGAUGUACUUUGUAUUACUGAAUAUUCCCGUAUUGUACCUUUGGAAAAUGGUGAGGUUGUGGUGUCCUUGAUAAAUGGCCGUCCAGGUGCAAAAAAUUUUACUUUCUCUCACACCCUGAGGGAGUUUACCAAGGCAACAAACAUCCGCUUGCGUUUUCUCCGAACCAACACUCUUCUUGGACACCUCAUCUCCAAAGCACAAAGAGACCCAACUGUCACGCGGCGGUAUUAUUACAGCAUAAAGGAUAUCAGCAUUGGUGGACAGUGUGUUUGCAACGGCCAUGCUGAAGUGUGCAAUGCAAACAAUCCAGAAAAACUGUUUCGGUGUGAAUGCCAGCACCACACCUGUGGGGAGACGUGUGAUCGCUGCUGUGCGGGCUUCAGUCAGAAGCGCUGGCGGCCAGCCACGUGGGAGCAAAGCAAUGAGUGUGAAGCAUGCAACUGCCAUGGCCAUGCCACUGACUGUUACUACGAUCCAGAUAUUGAGCAACAACAGGCAAGCUUGAAUAGCCAAGGCGUCUAUGCAGGUGGAGGUGUCUGCAUUAAUUGUCAGCAUAACACAGCUGGUGUAAACUGUGAAAAGUGUGCUAAGGGUUAUUACCGCCCUUCUGGGGUUCCAGUUGAUGCCCCCCAUGGCUGCAUCCCUUGCAGCUGUGAUCCUGGGCAUACAGAUGACUGUGAACAGGGCUCAGGCCGCUGUCACUGCAAGCCAAAUUUCCAUGGAGACAACUGUGAAAAGUGUGCAGCUGGAUACUAUAAUUUCCCAUUUUGCUUGAGAAUUCCUAUGUAUCCCCUUUCUACUCCAAACCCAGAAGAUCCAGUAGCUGGAGAUAUAAAAGGGUGUGACUGCAACUUGGAAGGUGUUCUCCCUGAAAUAUGUGAUGCCUAUGGAAGGUGCCUGUGCCGCCCUGGGGUUGAGGGCCCUCAAUGUGACACCUGCUUUUUGGGUUUCUACUCAUUUCCUAUUUGCCAAGCUUGCCAGUGUUCAGCCUUGGGAUCCUACCAGAUGCCCUGCAAUGCAGUGACUGGGCAGUGUGAAUGCCGACCAGGGAUUACAGGACAGCGGUGCGACAGGUGUCUCUCGGGAGCCUAUGAUUUUCCUCACUGCCAAGGUUCUAGCAAUACUUGUGACCCAGCUGGUACCAUGGACUCCAGUUUGGGACAUUGCCAAUGCAAGAUGCAUGUUGAAGGUCCUACUUGUAGCAUCUGCAAACCAUUAUAUUGGAACCUGGCCGAAGAAAACCCCAAGGGAUGUUCAGCAUGCCUGUGCCACGAGGCAGGGACAGUGAGUGGAAUUGGAGAAUGUGGGCAGAGAGAUGGUGACUGUCACUGCAAACCCCAUGUCGAUGGUGACUCCUGUGACACCUGUGAAGAUGGCUAUUUUGCUGUGGAAAAGAGCAAUUACUUUGGGUGUCAAGGGUGUCAUUGCGAUGUUGGUGGAGCACUCAGCCCUGUGUGCAGUGGACCAUCCGGAAUGUGCCAGUGCAGAGAACAUGUGGUGGGGAAAUCAUGCCAGCGGCCUGAAAACAACUACUAUUUUCCGGAUUUGCACCAUAUGAAGUAUGAAAUUGAGGAUGGCACUACUCCUACUGGAAGGGAGCUACGAUUUGGAUUUGAUCCUCUGGCAUUUCCAGAGUUUAGUUGGAGAGGCUAUGCCCAGAUGACCUCCAUACAGAAUGAAGUAAGGAUAAUACUGAAUGUGGAAAAGUCAGAUCUCUCCUUGUUUCGUGUUAUCCUGAGAUAUGUUAACCCUGGAGCUGAAGCAGUCUCUGGCCAAAUAACUAUUUAUCCAUCUUGGGAUAAGACAGGUGCUGCUCAAAGCAAAGAGAUCAUCUUCCUGCCAAGUAAGGAGCCAGCCUUUGUCACUGUUCCCGGAAAUGGUUUUGCAGAUCCAUUUUCAAUCAUUCCAGGAACAUGGAUUGCUUGUAUCAAAGCAGAAGGGGUCCUUCUGGAUUAUCUGGUGCUGCUCCCUAGAGACUACUAUGAAGCAUCUGCUCUGCAGGUCCCGGUCACAGAACCAUGUGCCUACACAGGACCUCCCCAAGAGAAUUGCUUGCUUUACCAGCAUUUGCCAGUGACCAGAUUUCCCUGUACUCUGGCUUGUGAGGCCAGACACUUCCUGCUUGAUGGGGAGGCAAGACCCUUGGCAGUGAGGCAGCCCACACCCGCACACCCAGUCAUGGCGGACCUCAGCGGGACAGAGAUGGAACUGCACCUGCGGUUGCGUGUCCCGCAGGUUGGCCAUUAUGUGGCUGUGGUGGAGUAUGCCACGGAUGCAGACCAGCUACUUUUAGUUGAUGUGAAUCUGAAGAGCCCUGGGUCUGUUCUGGCAGGCCAGGUGAACAUAUAUAGUUGCAAGUACAGUGUUCUCUGCCGGAGCAUUGUGGUUGAUGACCUAGGUCGCAUGGCUGUGUAUGAACUAUUGGCAGAUGCAGACAUUCAACUCAAGGCACACGUGGCUCGAUUCUUUCUGCAUCGAAUUUGUAUCAUACCAAUUGAGGAAUUCUCAACUGAAUACAUGAGACCUCAAGUUCACUGUAUUGCCAGUUAUGGACGAUUUGUUAAUCAAAGUGCCACCUGUGUCUCCCUGGCUCAUGAAACUCCUCCAAAAGCAUUAAUUUUAGAUGUUCCAAGUGGUGAGCCUCUCUCUCCUCUGCUCCAGGAUUCUACACCUUCUGCCAGUAUUGUUACUGGAAUCACCCUGAAGGCACCACAGAACCAAGUGACCCUGAGAGGACACAUACCACACCUGGGCCGAUAUGUCUUUGUCAUCCAUUAUUAUCAAGCAGACCACCCGAUGUUCCCUGCACAGGUGUUUGUGGACAGAGGGCAGCCGCUGUCAGGUUCCUUCCGUGCCUCUUUUUGCCCCCAUGUGCUUGGCUGCCAGGAUCAAGUGCUUACUGAAGGCCAGAUUGAAUUUGACAUCUCAGAGCCCGAGGUGGCUGUAACUGUGAAGGUUCCAGAAGGAAAGUCCUUAGUUUUGGUCCGUGUUCUGGUGGUGCCUGCAGAAAAUUACAACUACCAAUUACUUCACAAAAAAUCAGUGGACAAGUCCUUCGAGUUUAUCAACGAUUGUGGAGAAGACAGUUUUUAUAUUGACCCUCGGACUGCCUCCAGAUUCUGUAAGAAUUCUGCCAGGUCCCUGGUGGCCUUUUACCACAAUGGCGCCCUGCCUUGUGAGUGCCACCCCACUGGGGCUGUGGGCCAUCACUGCAGCCCUGAGGGUGGGCAAUGCCCCUGCCAACCGAACGUCAUUGGGCGGCAGUGUACCCGCUGUGGAACCGGCUACUAUGGCUUCCCACUCUGCAAGCCAUGCAACUGUGGCCGACGCCUGUGUGAAGAAAUAACGGGGAAGUGCCUCUGCCCUCCUGGCACAGUCAGGCCCCAGUGUGAGGCCUGUGAAAUGCAUUCCUUCAGCUUCCACCCCCUGGCUGGCUGUGAAGGCUGCAACUGUUCCAGGAGUGGCAUCGUUGGAGCCACCACCCCAGAGUGCGACAGGGACAGUGGACAGUGCAGAUGCAAGCCUAGAAUUACGGGGCGGCAGUGUGACCGAUGUGCUUCUGGGUUUUACCACUUCCCUGAAUGUGUUCCCUGCAAUUGCAACAGAGAUGGGACUGAGCCAGGAGUGUGUGAUGCGGUGACAGGGGCUUGCCUCUGCAAGGAAAAUGUGGAAGGUACAAAAUGUAGUAUGUGUCGAGAAGGAUCAUUCCAUCUGGACUCAGCCAAUCCCAAGGGUUGUACCACUUGCUUUUGUUUUGGAAUAAAUAAUCGUUGUCACAGUACACAUAAAAGAAGAGCCAAGUUUGUGGAUAUGAUGGGCUGGCGCCUGGAGACAGAAGACGGAGUGGACAUCCCCGUCUCAUUCAACCCGGGCAGCAACAGUGUGGUGGCGGAUCUCCAGGAGCUGCCCUCAGCAGUCCGCAGUGCAUCUUGGGUAGCACCUCCUUCCUACCUGGGGGACAAGGUUUCUUCGUAUGGUGGCUACCUUACUUACCAGGUCAAGUCCUUUGGCUUACCUGGCGACAUGGUUCUUCUGGAAAAAAAGCCUGAUGUGCAGCUCACUGGUGGGCACUUGACCAUCGUCUAUGAGGAGCCAAGUAACCCACGACCUGACCGACUGCAUCAUGGCCGACUACAAAUGAUUGAGGGAAACUUCAGACACGCCGGCACUAGGGGCCCUGUGUCCAGGGAAGAGCUGAUGAUGGUGCUGUCUAGACUGGAAGGUGUGCGCAUCAGAGGCCUGCACUUCACUGAGACUCAGCGGCUCACCCUGGGCGAGGUGGGGCUGGAGGAGGCCUCCGACACCGGAAGCGGACGCAUAGCACACCAUGUGGAGAUGUGUGCCUGCCCCCCUGACUACUCUGGUGACUCAUGUCAGGGUUGUAGCCCUGGAUCCUAUCGAGAUAACACAGGCUUGAAUAUCGGACGGUGUAUUCCCUGCAAUUGCAACGGACAUUCGAAUCGAUGCCAGGAUGGCUCAGGCAUAUGUAUUAACUGUGCUCAUAACACUGCCGGAGAACACUGUGAACGCUGCAAGGAGGGGUACUACGGGAACGCUGUCCAUGGGUCCUGUAGGAUCUGCCCGUGUCCUCAUUCCAACAGCUUUGCCACUGGCUGUGUUGUGAAUGGGGGGAACGUGAGGUGCUCCUGUAAGCCGGGAUACACAGGAACACAAUGUGAAAGGUGUGCACCAGGAUAUUUUGGGAAUCCCCAGAAAUUUGGAGGUAGCUGCCAACCAUGCAAUUGUAACAACAAUGGCCAGCUGGGCAGUUGUGACCCUGUGAAUGGAGACUGCAUAAACCAAGAACCCAAAGAUGGCGGCCCUUCAGAAGAAUGUGAUGAUUGUGACAGCUGUGUGAUGACGCUCCUGAAUGACCUGGCCAGCAUGGGCGAGGAGCUGCGCUUGCUCAAGUCUCAGCUGCAGGGCCUGAGUGUCAGUGCAAGCGCUCUGGAGCAGAUGAGGCACGUGGAAACCCAGGCCAAGGACCUAAGGAACCAGUUGCUCAACUACCGUUCUGCCAUUUCAAAUCAUGGAUCCAAAAUGAAUGGCCUGGAGAAAGAACUGAAUAAUUUGAAUCGUGAAUUUGAGACUUUGCAAGAAAAGGCUCAAAUAAAUUCCAGAAAAGCACAAACAUUAUAUAACAAUGUUGAUCAGACAACCCAAAGAGCAAAGGAACUGGACACGAAGAUUAAAAAUGUCAUCCGGAAUGUGCAUAUUCUCUUAAAGCAGAUCUCUGGGACAGAUGGAGAAGGAAACAACUUGCCUUCAGGUGAUUUUUCCAGAGAGUUGGCUGAAGCAGAGCGCAUGAUGAGGGAACUGCGGAACCGAAACUUCAGAAAGCACCUCCAAGAGGCGGAAACUGAAAGAAGAGAGGCUCAGCUCUUGCUGACCCGGAUAAAGAACUGGCCAGAAACCCACCAGGUGGAGAACAGUGAACUUAUGAAGAGCAUCUGGAAUUCUUUAAAAGAAUACGAAGCCAAAGUCACUGACCUCCGAGCUGCCCUACAGGAGGCGGCUGCCCAAGCCAAACAGGCCACUGGCCUUAACCAAGAAAAUGAGAGAGUGCUAGGAGCCAUCAAGAAACACAUGAAUGAAAUAAAUUCCCUGCAGAGUGACUUCACCAAGUAUUUGACCACAGCAGACUCUUCUUUGCUGAAAACCAACAUUGCAUUGCAGUUGAUGGAGAAAGGCCACAAGGAAUAUGAAAAAUUAGCUGCCGCUUUAAAUGAAGCAAGACAAGAAAUAAGUGACAGAGAGAGAGAACUUUCCAGAUCUGCUAGCAAACUAUCCCUGGUGGAGGAGGCAGAAAUGCAUGCACAGUCGCUACAAGAGCUGGCAAAGCAGCUGGAAGAGAUCAAGAGGAACGCCAGCGGGGAUGAGCUAGUGCGCUGUGCUGUGGAUGCCGCCACUGCCUAUGAGAGCAUCCUCAAUGCCAUCAAGGCAGCCGAGGAUGCAGCCAACAAGGCCUCCAGCGCGUCUGACUCCGCUCUUCAGACAGUGAUAAAGGAAGAUCUUCCAAGAAAAGCUAAAACUCUGAGUUCCGAAAGUGAUAAACUGUUAAAUGAAGCCAAGAUAACACAGAAAAGGCUACAGCAAGAAAUCAGUCCGGCUCUCAACAACUUACAGCAAACCCUGAAAAUUGUGACAGUUCAGAAAGAACUGAUAGACACCAAUCUCACUUCUGUCCGUGAUGAUCUUCGUGGGAUACAGAGAGGUGACAUCGAUGGUAUGAUUAAUAGUGCAAAGAGCUUGAUCAGAAAGGCCAAUGGCAUCACGGAUGAGGUUCUGGAUGGCCUCAACCCCAUUCAGACAGAUGUGGAAAGAAUUAAAGAUACCUAUGGGAGCACACAGAGUGAAGACUUCAACAAGGCUCUGACUGAUGCAGAUAACUCAGUCAAGAGAUUAACCAACAAACUGCCUGAUCUUUUGAGCAAGAUUGAAAGUAUCAACCAACAGCUGUUACCCCUGGGAAACAUCUCUGACAACGUAGACCGAAUUCGAGAACUCAUUCAGCAGGCCAGAGAUGCAGCGAAUAAGGUCGCUAUUCCCAUGAGGUUCAACGGCAAAUCUGGAGUUGAAGUUCGACUGCCAAAUGACCUGGAAGAUUUGAAAGGAUACACAUCCCUGUCUUUGUUUCUCCAAAGACCUGACUCAAGAGAGACUGGAGGGACUGAGAAUAUGUUUGUGAUGUACCUUGGAAAUAAGGAUGCCUCCAGGGACUACAUUGGCAUGGCAGUUGUGGAUGGCCAGCUCACAUGUGUCUACAACCUGGGAGGGCGUGAGGCUGAACUCCAAGUGGACCAGAUCCUCACCAAGAGUGAAAGCCAGGAGGCAGUUAUGGACCGGGUGAAGUUUCAGAGAAUUUAUCAGUUUGCAAGGCUUAAUUACACCAAACGAGCCACAUCCAUCAAACCAGACAAUCCCCAAUUUCAUGAAAUGGAUAGUGGAAAUAGCAACACACUCCUUAAUUUGGAUCCUGAAAAUGUUGUAUUUUAUGUUGGAGGUUACCCACCUGAUUUUAAGCUUCCCAGCAGACUAAGAUUCCCUCAAUACAGAGGUUGUAUUGAAUUAGAUGAUCUCAAUGAAAAUGUUCUGAGCUUGUAUAACUUCAAAAAGACUUUCAAUCUCAAUACAACUGAAGUGGAGCCUUGUAGAAGGAGAAGGGAAGAGUCCGACAAAAAUUAUUUUGAAGGCACAGGCUAUGCUCGAGUUCCGACUCAAUCAAAUGCUCCCUUCCCAACCUUUGCACAGACUAUUCAGACCACCGUGGAUAGAGGUUUGGUGUUCUUUGCAGAAAACCAGGAUCACUUCAUAUCUCUAAAUAUAGAAGAUGGCAAUCUUGUCGUGAGACACAAACUGAAUUCAGAACCACCAAAAGAAAAAGGAAUUAGAGACACCAUAAACAACGGGAAAGACCACACGAUUCAAAUAAAAAUUGGAAAAACCCGAGAACUUAUGUGGAUAAAUGUGAAUUCUCAAAAUGUUAAAGUUGAAGGUGAAUUAUUUGAUUUCAGCACAUAUUAUUUGGGAGGAAUUCCAAUUGCAAUCAGGGAAAGGUUUAACAUUUCUACACCUGCUUUCCGAGGCUGUAUGAAAAAUCUGAAGAAGACCAGUGGUGUUGUUAGGUUGAAUGAUACUGUGGGAGUAACCAAAAAGUGUUCAGAAGACUGGAAGCUUGUGCGGACUGCCUCAUUCUCCAGAGGAGGGCAAUUGAGCUUCAGUGACUUGGACAGCCCACGGCCCAGCCAUUUCCAGGCGUCCUUUGGGUUUCAGACCUUUGAGCCCAGUGGCAUGUUACUAAAUCAUCAGACCUGGACCAGUAACCUGCAGGUCACCCUGGAAGAUGGUCACAUUGAAUUGAGCACCAGGGAUAGCAGCAGCCCAAUUUUUACAUCUCCAGGGACGUAUAUGGAUGGAUUACUGCAUUAUGUGUCUGUAAUAAGCGACAAUGCUGGACUCCGGCUUCUCAUUGAUGACCAGCCUCUGAGGAAUAACCAACGGCUCCCAGACUUUUCAGAUACCCAGCAAUCUCUCCGUCUGGGUGGGAGUCGUUUUGAGGGUUGUAUCAGCAAUGUGUUUGUUCAGAGGUUAUCACACAGUCCUGAAGUCCUAGACCUGGCUAAUAGAACUACCAAGAGAGAUGUGUCCUUGGGAGGCUGCAGUUUAAACAAACCACCGUUUCUAAUGUUAUUUAAAGGUUCUACAAGAUUUAACAAGGCCAAGACUUUCAAUAUCAACCAGCCAGUGCAGGACACAGCAGUGGCCUCCCCGAGGAGCAUGGAGGUAUGGCAAGAUGAACGGUCCUGCCCGCCACCUCAUGGAGCCCAGGCCAGUCAUGGAGCACUGCAGUUUGGGGACAGUCCCACCAGUCACUUGCUAUUCAAGCUUCCCCAGGAAUUGCUGAAACCCAGGUCACAGUUUGCUGUGGAUGUGCAGACGAAGUCCCCCAGAGGGCUGGUGUUCUACUCAGGCACUAAGAACACCUUUAUGGCUCUUUAUUUUUCGAAGGGACGCCUGGUCUUUACCUUGGGGGCUGAAGGGAAAAAACUGAAGCUUAAAAGCAAAGAGAAAUGCAACGAUGGGAAGUGGCACACGGUGACAUUUGGGCAAGAUGGAGAAAAGGGGCGUUUGAUUGUGGAUGGACUGAGGGCCCGGGAGGGACGUUUGCCUGGAAAUUCCACCGUCAGCAUCAGUACACCAGUUUACCUGGGGUCAUCUCCAUCAGCGAAACCAAAGAGCCUCCCCCAAAACAGCUUUGUGGGGUGCCUGAAGAAUUUCCAGUUGAAUUUAAAGCCCUUGGACACCCCUUCUACAAGCUUUGGAGUGUCUCCCUGCUUGGGUGGCUCUUUGGAGAAAGGCAUUUAUUUCUCUCAAGAAGGAGGUCAUGUCAUCCUAGCUAACUCUGUGUUGUUGGGGCCCGAAUUUAAGCUCACUUUCAGCAUUCGUCCAAGAAGUCUUACGGGAAUCCUGAUACACAUUGGAAGUCAACGCGGGGUACACUUACAUGUUUAUCUGGAGUCAGGAAAGGUUGUGGCCUCUGUGGACAGUGGAGCUGGUGGGACCCUUACAUCAGUCACACCGAAGUGGUCUCUGUGUGAUGGACAGUGGCACUCAGUGGCAGUCACCAUAAAACAGCACCUUCUGCACCUAGAACUGGAUGCAGACAGUAGCUACACAGUGGGACAGCUCGCCUUUCCACCUGUCAGCUCCCAAGAGCCACUGCACAUUGGAGGUGUCCCAGGCGAUUUGAGGACGCUAAGGCUCCCUGUGUGGAAAUCAUUUUUUGGCUGUCUGAAGAAUAUUCAAGUCAACCACAUCCCUGUUCCUGUCACUGAAGCCUUGGCAGUGCAGGGAUCUAUCAGUCUAAAUGGCUGCCCUGACCACUAACUCAAGCCUAUUACACAGCAAGGACUUCACCUUCAAAAACACGGAUCACCUGAAGUGCCUUCCUACCUGACUCAGAAUCACUCUUGGCUAAAGACAUCAUCUGGAAGAGUUUAAUAGCAAACCUAAUUUUGAAUUUUGGUCACAUAUACACACCAUUUUGGCACUCAGUGCUACAUAAGUAUUUUAUAUAAAAAUCCCAUUUCUUGAAGAAGAUGAACAAAUUGUUAUUCAAGUAUGCACAAAAUGUUUUUGGUAGGAUUAUUUUCCACUAAAAAUCAAAUAUCUCUUAAAGAACAUUAUUUUCUACUUGUUAAAAAACAUUAAAUAUCUUCUAAAGCACUUUAAGAAUACAAACUUUUACAUAUGUUAAACAGUUAUAAUUUAUGGGAUUAAAUAAAUGCAAUAUACACUUUAAAUUAUGUUUUAUUAGCAUAAAGUCACUGGCUUAAUGGUAGUUGUUAAUUGUAUUAUUUUUAAAAUAACUGUUUAUUGUGCUAUCUGCAACACAGUUUUCUACAAGUCAUUAACUGCACGUGUACUGGGAGGCUCUGUGUGUGCUCGGUGUGAGAACUACAGUGAGGUAGGAGAAGUUCCUGGGCCAUCCCCAUAGCACAACAGUUAAGCCCUGUGUGUGGGGAGCAAGAGCCAACAGGGCCGAUUGCAGUUUGCAUCUUGGCCUCAGCAGCUUGGAAAACAUACCAGGUGCAUGUGUGUGCAUGCUCCAUAUCCUGCC